GGAUUUUUAAAAUUGUAUAUUUCUUUUAACAGUGUAUAUUGUGAAGCGGAAUGCAAAGUAACUUCAGUAUAUAUUAGCUCCUUAAUAUAACACCUGCUUUUAAAGAUUUUAUAUAAAUCUUAAGUGAUAAGAUCAUCAAAGAAUAGGAUAAAGAGUUAAAUGUUAAGAUGAAGAAUCUAGUAGAAGGGCUGAAGAAGAAAGGUAAUCAUAAAGAGCAGACUGUUGGAACGAGGAUCAUUGAAUUCCAGUAUGAUGACGACUCCCAUCACGAUCAUAGUAGCCCUAGCAUGAAAUUAGAAAGACAGAAAAAUGUUACGGUGGAGUUUGGGGUUAAAGAAGAGAAUACACCUUUGGGGAACGAGGGCAGUCUUGAUUUGGAUACUGUUAAACAAAUUCAUAAGGCCAGAGAGAUGUUAACUUCAACAAGCAGUGACGCAACAUUUGAACAUUAUAUCCCGCGUGUCUCCAGUUUGGUUAUAAGUAGACAAGUGAGUGGUAGUAUAGUUAUUAUGUCACAACCAAGAAGUGCUUGCAUAUUGAGAAUCCAUUGCCUGUAACCAGUUGUUACACUUUUGUAACCAUUUGCAAUAACUUUCCAGGCUGUGACAUGUUGUCAUGUUAAGAUUUUGUAAUUUGUAUCAUUAUGUGAUAUCAUCUCCUAAAGUAAACACUCCCA